UUGAGAGCGCGUGUGUGUGUGUGUGUGUGUGUGUGUGUGUGAGGCUAGAGAGAGAAGAGGGAAGAGGGAACCUGCAAAUUGGGAGUCCAGGAUUUUCCAGUGCGCACAGAGAUCUCGCGUCAGUAGCUGCACCGUCAGAGCAGCUCUCCUCUCCUCAUGAUGAGUUCGUUCAGUACGAGAGCUCUGACGCUGCUCUCGUCCAUAUUCGGCGCCUGCGGGCUGCUGUUGGUCGGCGUCGCCGUGUCCACAGAUUACUGGCUGCUGAUGGAGGAGGGGAUCAUCCUGCAGCAGAACCAGACCAUGGAGGUGAAGAUGGCGCUGCACUCCGGCCUGUGGAGAGUCUGCUUCGUGGCAGGACCAGAGAAGGGCAGAUGUGUGGCGUCUGAUUAUUUCACUGAGCCAGAGAAAGAGAUCACAACAGAAAACACAGCCAACAUCCUCAAAAUGGUGCGUACGGCCACGCCCUUCCCCAUGGUCUCUCUGCUCUUCGUCUUCACCGCCUUCGUCAUCAGUAACAUCGGACACAUCCGGCCGCAGCGAACCAUCCUCGCCUUCGUCUCCGGGAUCUUCUUCAUCCUGUCAGGUCUCAGUCUGGUUGUGGGUCUGGUCUUGUACAUUUCCAGCAUCAACGACGAGGUGAUGAAUCGACCCAGAGAACCAGAACAGUUCUUUCACUAUCAUUACGGCUGGUCGUUCGCCUUCGCUGCCUCGUCCUUCCUGCUCAAAGAGGGGGCAGGAGUGAUGUCCGUCUACCUCUUCAUGAAGCGUUACGCGGAGGAGGAGCUUUACAGGCCACACCCCGCUCUCUAUCGCCCCCGCAUGUCUGACUGCAGCGACUACAGCGGUCAGUUCCUGCACCCGGACUCGUGGCCUCCUCCUCAGCGCGGCCGCAGUCCCUCUGACGUCUCCUCUGACAUCUCCAUCCAGCUCAACCAGACUCCGCCCUCACAGGCUCCACCCAAGGGUGGUGGUGGCAGGGGUGGCGGCAGCUCGCAGCCGACGCCCUCCUCCUCAGUGCCAUCGUCCGCGGCGAGUUACCAGCUGCAGCCGGCGUCGUCCUCUUCAACCUCCUCCUACCCACACCCACUUCACUCGGUCGCCACCUCCACUUUACCAAGGUCGCACGCACACGCACACGCCCACCCUCAGCCACAGCCACACCCACACCCGAGCGGUCCGCCGUCUCAGUCCGUGCCGAUGGGGGCGCCACCCGCCGCUGUCCCUCCUCCGCGAUAUCACGCACACAUGAGGAUGAGCGCCUCGCCAUGCUAGGAGGGAGGGGGCGGGGCUUAAGAUUAUCACAGCAAACACACACAACUUUACCCUCGUUAAUAGGGGAGGAGAGAAGAGGGCGGGGAGGCAUGUGGGCGGAGUCACUGCAGAAACCAAACUUUACGAGGCGAGGAAUGGGGGAGGAGAGGAGGUGUUAGGGCGUUAGUAGCAACAAAAGCUUUUUUCUUUCCAUUCGUCUUCAUCAUCAUCUUCAUCAGGGUCAUGAUUCACAGGCAAAUUUGCCCCCAAUCUUACAAACAGUAGUUUUACAGUGUACAAAGACACAGACUUACAUUGAUUAAAGACUUUACACUCAUGUAACAGUUUGUACAUGAGUACUUUAAUAUGGUAAUAAUUAGAAUAAAUUCGAUUAUUAUUUUAAAAAUGAAUUUUUUCAUUCAUGUAUUUAGUUUGAAAACAUUAGUUUUGUUCAAUUAUUACUUGGAAUUUUGUUUUGAAUCAUAUGAAGUCAUUUAAAUUUAAGUAAAACUAAAGUUAACAAAAUUAUAACAUAAUUUUAGUUUUCCACGUUUUUCUUUGAACCGUGAUCACAAACACUUUAAUGUACAAAGUCACAGUAAAGUCUUUAUCACAUAUAGAGAUUUAUUUAUAUUCAAACUGUACAGAAAUUCUUCUUCUUCUUCUCUUUCUCUUGUACGUUGUUGCCAAACUCACACGUGAAGAAAACGAAAUCCUGUACAUUUUAUCAUGAGGUGUAAAUAUUAGCAUACGUAGGUUUUAGAUGAUUUAGACGUGGGUUUUUUUUUUAAAAAAGCCUCAGGAUGAAUGUUUGACUUUUUUAUUUUAAGCACAUUCUGAGAAAAUUCUCUCAAAGAUUUGAUGAGUUUUUGCAACGUGACAAAAACGGAGUGCGGGAAAAUCCAGGAAGAAAAGAAUUGUUGUUAUUCUACUUUUCUGUAAACCCUGAACAUGAAUGAGUGAACAAAUCUAAACAAAACAACAACAUUUAAUAAUGAUUGAAUUCAACAAAUUAUUGUUAAGUAUUUGAGGCAUCAUUAUCGAAAAUGCUGUCGGUACACUGAUAAAAACAUAAUGGUUGAAUUAAGAAAGAAAUGUACUACAAUUAUUGAUAAACAAAUUAAAUUCAUUCAAGUUAACUUAAAGAAUAUGAAAUUUCAAAAUGAGUUAUGUCUGAACUGUUAAAGCACAAAAAUUAAUUCAUUCAAUUUAACAAUAAAUAUAUUUCAUAAAAACACACAAAGUGAAUUCAAAAACAAAAAAUAAAAACUUAAAUGAUCCCAAAUGUAUUUAAAUCUAACCUCAUUUUUAAAGGUAACUAUUUAACAUAAAUUAACAAUUAAAUAUUAAGUAAACAAGUCAAAUUAACAGUUUCAUAAACAUCACAAUCUUAUCCUAAGUUCUGAUAAAAUAAAAAGUAAAAAGUAGAAUUAAUAAGUUAAAUCAACACAAAUUCCAAAAUCCUGUUAACACACAAAUGAUUAUGUGAAACUAAAGUUAUAUUUAAUAACCAAACCAGUUUAAUCAACACAAUUUCAUAUAACAAUACAGUUAAAUGUAAAUUUAAUAUUUUUCUCUCACACAAAACAGGUUUAAUUUUAAAAACGUUUUAACGCACAAAGGAUUAAGUUAAACUGAAGUUAAAUUGGAAAUAAGUUUAAUAAGUAAAAUGGACCAAAACAUUUUUAUUAAUUUAGCAGUUUUGAAACCUAUUUUUUUCACACUGAACUGGUUUAAUCAACACACUUUCAUCAAACUACAGAUAAUUAAGUUAAUUAAAAAAAAUUAGGUAAUAAAAAAACUAAGUUUAAGAAGUUAAUGUAACACAAUUUCAUAUAAAUGUUUCUACGAAGUUAAAUGAAAGAUUUUUGCGUCGCAUAAAGUUUCAAACUGAAGUUAAUUAAGUUUAAUCGACACAAUGUCAUGUAACACAAACAUAAAUUAUAGUAAAUCCGGCUCACCCAUGGUGUUGUGAACAUUUUACACACAUACAAUUUUCUAAUUUAACAGAACAAAUAACAAAAAAAUAUGUGUUUAAUAAAAUAAUUAAUUAGGGCCCGAGCCACAAACAAAACUCUUGAAACUUGGCAUGGAGGUCAGGUCUGGUGAAAAUAUGAUAUUGGCAUUGGUCCCGGACCUGUGCAUUGCUCAAGGGCUCUAUAGUGCCCCACUAAGGUGAAAACAGAGACAAAAUUGAGUUCCACCGAAUUUGCCUAAACAUGAUGGAAAGAUGUUAAAGACCAAGACGGAUGAAAAAGUCGUCAGUAACCAUGGCCUCAACGCAACAGGAAGGCGGCCAUUUUGAUCCUGGAGUACGUAAACAAUGUCACGUUUGCAGAAAUCUAAUAAUAACGACAUGCCAUGGAUGUGAGGUGUGUGUGUGUGUACAUAUUAAUAAUAAUAACAACAACAACAAUAAUAAUAAUAAUAGAAGCUCACAUGAGAGAUGAAGUCACUUUGACUCAAUUCACUUCAAAAAAGAUCAAAAUAUUGAUGUUUUUACAUCUCAACUUUUUUUUAUUUCUGAUCAGUUUUGACUCAGAUUUCAAUCUUAAAUAUAAAGUGAUGAUUUAAACGACUGGUGCUUCCUUUUCUGAACAGACUGAUGUGAAACUACAAUCACUAUCUUCCUGAUUUAUAUAUAUAUAUGUAUAUAUAUAUGUAUAUAUAUAUAUGUAUGUUUAUAUAUAUAUAUAUAUAUAUAUAUAUAUAUAAGAAAUAGACACAGAGUUUUCUGUAAUAGACAAAUGAAUUUACUGCCUGUUUUAAUCUGUUAUUCAUGUAAUCAGGAUUAAUCAGGAUUAAUGAGCAACCACUCACUGAGAGGGGAAAAGAUUUCAAAUAAUUUCCUUUUUGUUUUACAUCCAGAAUUGUUUCUCUUUUAAAGACAAACAAGAAAAAUAAUCCCAAAUUAUUUUUAUUGAAUUUGCACAAAAGAAAAAAACACCAAUUUGACUGAAGUUUGGUCGAAAAACAACGACAAAUUGAAAUGUUUCUUUGUUUAUUAAACGCCCAGCAGAGGGCACCGUUUGUAGCUAUUUUCGGAUCUGUUUUCCCCUGGUGGUGAAACAGUGUGUAGCAGAGUGACUUUUUAUGAAUGUCUGCAAUUUUUUUAUUUAUUAGAUAAGAUUUUUAUUUAUUUAUUUAUUUGCCAAAGCCGAGCGUUUAUUCAUUCACGGCGCUCACUCUCAUGUAGCCGAGAAACAACGACAACAACGACGUCGACGUCACAGCAGUGAAGACGGAGAUUUUGUGGUUUUUUUUUUGUGUAAAUAUUCACAUAAUUCUGUAAAAAAACAACGCUGGUUUACAUGAUAGAGAAGAUUUUAUUUACAGAUUAUCACAGGAGUGAGGUUUUUAAUCUGCAGCAGUUUUGUUUCAUAUCAAUAAAGCUUUUUGCCUGCU